AUGAUUUAAACAAGAUGAAGCUUACAAAAUAGAAAACACUAUCCUUAUUCAAAACCCUAAUAUUUACUAGCUAAGUAAAGCACAAAAGAACAGAUAAAUAAAGCCCCUUCCUUUAUAUUUCUUCUUUCUUCUUGCUUAACUUUCUUUCUUUUUCUGAAAACUCCCUUUGGGUAUAGUGUGAUAUUCUCUACCAUAAACUCCAUCAAACUUUUACAAAAGAGAAGAAAUAUUGGAGCACUAACACUAUGGCUUUCUCAUCUAUUCCCAUCUAUCUAGAUCCUCCCAAUUGGCAACAUGAGCAAGGUAAUCACCAACGACAACCUGGAGUUGCAAAUGAGAGCCCCUCUCAACUUUCACCAGCCAUGCUGCCACCUCCAGCAGUUGGAGGAGGAGGUGGCGGACCAGCUGGCUCAGUUAGGCCUGGCUCGAUGGUAGAACGAGCCAGACUAACAAAAGUAACACAACCAGAGACGAUCCUAAAAUGUCCACGUUGUGAGUCUACGAAUACAAAAUUUUGUUACUUCAAUAAUUACAGCCUUUCUCAACCACGUCAUUUCUGCAAGACUUGCCGGAGAUAUUGGACUAGAGGUGGUGCGCUGAGGAACGUCCCCGUCGGAGGUGGAUGCCGGAGGAACAACAAGAGAGGAACAAAAAGAAGUAGAUCAAAAUCCCCCACUAGAAGUGAAAAAAGAAAUUGUCCAAUAAUUACUUCAGCAAAUGCCACAACCUCUACUAAUAGUAUCCCUCAUUUGCCUCAUCCAACACAUUUGUCAUUCUUGAGUACCACUAAUUUACAUAAUUUUAGUGACUUCACAUCUACUGAAAAUAGCCUCAAUUUUGGAGGAUCUCAACCUCAAGAUGGUACAAGAGAUCAAAUGGAUGUCCAAGCCAGAUUUAUUGACCAAUUUAGAUUUCAACAAAUGCAGCAAUUUCCCUUUUUCUCCACCUUGGAACAACAACCUAGUAAUAAUUUAUACCAAUUUGAAGCAGCUGCUGAAUACCAUGUGGGAGAAGUGGCAAAUGUGAAGGUGGAAGUAAAUAAAGGUACUAAUAGCCAAGGGCUAAAUUUACCAAGAAACAAUUUGGGGGUUACAAAUAAUCAGUUUUGGACAAACUUCCACUAGCCAACUAUUGUGAUUUUCAUGUAACAUCUUCAGAGAUAACUCUAUCAAGAUUGAGCUAUUUUUUUUACUUUCCAUAAUGGUUCUGUCCUACUCAACUUGUGCACACAGCUACUUUACUGAGUAUCGAUCUGCUAUUUUCCACCGGCACAGUACCGAGCAAGCUUGAGCUUUUCGUUUAACUACAACAGGUUCUACCCCUAUUUAAUUAUAGUGAAGAGAUUGAAUUAUGAAGCAGCUUUCUUGAAUUGUAAGGUAGUAUAAUAUGGAAUUCGAUCGUCUCCAGAGGAUUUUCAUCUGCUAGAAAACUUCUUCUUUUUUUAUUUAUUUAUUUGGUUUCUCAUCUGGUGUUCGGUGCCCACCUUGGAGCCCGACUAUAUCCGGAUUCGCGCCGCGUAGGGCUCCAUUCGGUGGAAGCGCUCUCUACCAAGGAUUUUUCCAUACCCAGGGCUCGAACUCGAGACCUCUGGUUAAGGGAAGAGCGGUCUCAUCUACUGCACCACAUCCUUUGGUGGUAAGAAAACUUAGUAUUAAUGGUAAGCUUUAUUUUCAUUAUUUCCCAUUUUUUGGUUUUUUAUGUACUGCACGAAUGUUUUUAGAUCAAGUGUAAGUUUUUUUAUACAUUAAUGGGGUUUAAACACUAUCUUACAUGACGAGGCUGCUUAGUUAUUAUAAGAGAUGAAAUCUAAUAUGCAUUGUAUUGUACUCAGUGAUUAGUUAUAUAUUGAGUUUAUUUUAA